AUGCAGAUCUUCGUGAAGACCCUCACCGGCAAGACUAUCACCCUCGAGGUGGAGUCCUCUGACACCAUUGACAAUGUUAAGGCAAAGAUCCAGGACAAGGAGGGCAUCCCGCCAGACCAGCAGCGCCUGAUCUUCGCUGGCAAGCAGCUCGAGGACGGCCGCACGCUCACCGAUUACAACAUUCAGAAGGAGUCCACUCUGCACUUGGUGCUCCGCCUCCGUGGUGGCCAGUGA